AUGGAGCUCAAGUGCCUUUUGAUGUGGCUCUUGUUUGGAUCCGUCAAGGGGAACCAGCCAGAAAAAUGCCCACCUCUUCCAAGGACCAAAUUUGCUGAUAUUACUGCUGAUACAUAUGCACUGGGGACCAGACUGUAUUAUGAAUGUGACAGUGGCUACAAGCGAAGAAGUGGACAGUACCCGGGAAUUAGGUGUCAGAGUACACAGCAUGUUGCUUCUUGGGUCUACAAGGAAUUUGAAUGCAUUAAUGAGACAAUUUUGUUGUCAACGGCUCCCAUGAUGGAAUUAGAUUUUACACAGAAGCCAGAAAACAAAACAGAGAGCCCUGCACCCCAGAGGCAAGAAAGCCUUUCAGAGUUUGACCAGAAAGAUUUUUGUGGUCCUCCCAAGACUAUUCCACAUGCCUCUUUAAGCCAGAACGCCCAUUAUUACCUGGAGCAAGUAUUACAUUUCAAAUGCCAGAGCGGUUACGAUAAGCAAUCCCCCACCUCUGGCACCAGCACGUGCAAGAAGGUGAAUGGCAAAAUCAUCUGGACCCAUCUUGACGUGCGAUGCACCAAUGACAGUGAUGGGUGGCCGACACAGAUUAUUACACCAGUGGCUAUAGCAGAUCCCAGGUUCGACUCAUCCACCCUUUUCCUCAUCUGCGAUACUGCCAGUGACAGAGAAAACUUCUUAGGGAAUUGUGGCAUUCAGAUCCAAACUCAUGAAAUCGAUGACCUGCCACAGAAGAAACCAGUGACAGAUUGUACCAGCGACUCCAAGACCAGCAGUGGCAAAUGA